ACCAAAUUAGUUCACAAUGGCCGUUACUCAGAGAACCGGAAUCAGAUCGGGCCAGAACCACGGACACAUCACCACUGUCCGUGAGCUGAAGACUCCUAUGUCCUACAAGAAGGGUGUUACUGGCAAGCGUGUGCUCUUUGUCCGCUCCCUCAUUCGUGAGGUCGCUGGCUUUGCUCCCUACGAGCGUCGCAUCAUGGAGUUGAUCAAGAACUCCAAGGAUAAGCGUGCCCGUAAGCUCGCCAAGAAGAGACUCGGAACUUUCCUCCGCGCCAAGAAGAAGGUCGAGGAGAUGACCAACGUUAUUGCCGAGUCCCGCCGUGCCCACUAAAUCCCUCUCUCGUCUCUCUGGAAAAGCGCAAUACAAAGUGCAACACAUUUUUAUUUCUUGGACAUUUUUCGAUAAAUAAAAUGUUCACGGAGUUUUAUUGUUGGCCAUGA